AAAAGAGUGUGAGUGUGUGUGAGUGUGUGAGAGAGUGUGUUUCGGUGUGAGAAGUAUAGAGGGUUUGUGGUGUCUCUCUAGCAGCUCGUGCCUGAUAAUUGAGACAUUCAGAGUAAAUGUGGACAGAGAUCGGGACAGUGCUGUGUCCUCUGAGCCGGGCUCCGCUGUAGUGUCGCCGCUGUGUAUAAAGUCAGAGCGGCGUGGAGAGGGGGUGAGGUGAAGUGGAGGAUUACAGACCUGAGAGGCACAGACUGACUGAGGGAGAGUGAAGAGGAAAAAUAAACAGAAACAUGCCGAGGUCUUUCCUGGUGAAGAGUAAACGGGCCCACAGCUACCACCAGCCCCGGUACCUGGACGAUGACCACAGUAGACUGGACACUAUUCUGGCUCACGCGUGCGCGGAAACCAAAUCUCAGGUGGAGUUUGAGUCCAGUUUGGAACCACAGGAGGACGUGAGCGCCGGCGCUGACAGACUGUCCCCCGGGUCCAGGCUGCUGUCCCCGGGGUCACUGUCCUCCAGCUCUCCGCUGAGCUGCGGAGGCUCCGUGUGUGACCGAUCCUCAGACUGUGAUUUCUGGCGUCCCCCGUCUCCCUCCUCCUCACCAGAUUCAGGGAAAUGCUCCACUCCAGCUGCGGAGGACGGUCACCACUUCAACAUCCCCCUCUUUCCUUACUCCUGGUCAGCGUACUCCGGCUCUGAGCUGAGGCAUCUAGUCCAGGGACAGUACCACCACCAUCAGCGCCUCCAGGGCCACAGGGAGCCUCACUCACCCGUCAGUAUCUACGGGGCGGAGGACAGCGGCACCGAGCCGCUUUACGCGCAGCGGGGCCCAGCGGCCGGGUGCUACCAGGAUUAUUCUUCAACGGCCCAACAGAUCCGCAGGAUGCGGGACGCGGAACAGCUGUACGUGGAUGUAAAGCACAAGCCCCGCGGCGCCGAAAUCAAGUCUGAGAAUGAUUUCAUCUGUUCUAACUUCGAGUCGAGCGGAUCCUAUAAGUGCAUUAAAUGUUGCAAGGUGUUCUCCACACCUCACGGUCUGGAGGUUCACGUGCGGCGGUCGCACAGCGGGACGAGGCCGUUUGAGUGCGGGGUCUGCGGGAAAACCUUCGGACACGCAGUGAGCCUGGAUCAGCACAGAGCGGUUCACUCGCAGGAGAGGAGCUUCAGCUGUAAAAUCUGCGGCAAAAGCUUCAAGCGCUCAUCCACCCUGUCCACGCACCUGCUCAUCCACUCGGACACGCGGCCUUAUCCGUGCCAGUACUGCGGGAAGAGGUUCCACCAGAAGUCAGACAUGAAGAAACACACUUUCAUCCACACAGGUGAGAAGCCGCACAAGUGUCAGGUGUGCGGGAAGGCCUUCAGCCAGAGCUCCAACCUCAUCACGCACAGCAGGAAACACACAGGCUUCAAACCUUUCGGCUGCGACCUGUGCGGGAAAGGGUUUCAGAGGAAAGUGGACCUGAGGAGACACAAGGAGACGCAGCACGGAUUGAAAUGAAAACAGACGACGACGAUUUGAAAUGAAAUCCUGCACUUUGACUGUACUGACUGUGCACGUGGAUGGAUCGUGUUUUAUUUUAUUUUAUUAAAUUGUAUUGUUUGUUGCAUUUUGCUCUUUUUCUUACUGUUAAAUGUAGUUAAUUAUUUAGCCUGAGAUAUUCUGGUUGAUUUUAUGGAAAUAAAAGUUUAUUUAUCGAG